GAGGGAUAACGUGCAAAUGAAGCAAGGCAAAACACGAACAUAGCGAACAACGGUUGACCGUGUACAGACACCAAUGGUUUGAGGAGUUUGGCGUAUGCGUUACAUAUUUUGGCAUGUCACUGUGACUCGUUAUUAUUUGAAGAAUACAUAUCUUUAGGACUUCACCUUCAAGGCACAAUUACAUGAGCGCGUGAAGCGGGUGACUAGACAUGGUCUUCUGUCUAACUACCCGAAGAUUUCCUCGAAGGUCUCUUUGGUAAUUCCGUGCGCCAUCACUGAGCAAAAUCCGCGUGAGAAGCAGACAGUCGCUCAGAGUUUGGGACCAGGGAGAUUCCGAAGGAGAGAGGGAACAUUCAUGUUAUUUCUCAGAUCGUUGGAGAACAGCUGUGUGAUGCUGUGGCUGCUGGUCCUUGUCCUGCCCGGGGUAGCAUGCAGUGCUCUGACCCAGAACCUUCUACAGCCAGACAAUGACCACAGAGACGGUGCUGUUGCCGUGACGACCCGGCCCCACAUCUACUACUGCCGCUCGCCCAACAUGGAGGUCUUCACCUGCUGGUGGCAUCCCCUUGACAACAACUCCGAGAGUGACGACAACAUCACCUACAGCCUCAACUACUCCUUAGAAAAGGGGCCAAGGCGUGAGUGUCCAGACUAUGUAACGGGCGGCCCCAACAGUUGUCACUUUGACAGCGGCCACACAUCCAUCUGGACCAUAUACUGCAUGAACGUGAUGGCCAGGACCUCCCACGGAGUGUUCAGCUCCAAGGACCACUGUCUGGAAGUGGCUGAUAUAGUGGAGACAGAGGCUCCGGUUAACUUGACCUACACCCUGUUGAACGAGACGGAGGAGGAAGCUGGCCGCACCGCCAUGGUGUCCUGGGUUUACCCCAAUCCCUCCCACAUCCAGUACGGUUGGAUCACCCUGGUCUUCGAGCUGCAGUACCGACGCAUCGCCGAGCCCAACAACUGGAAGGUGAAGGGCUUGCUGAGAGAGCCUUGUCUGGAGCUGCUGGAUCUGCCGGUAGGAGAGUACAUUGUCAGGGUGAGAUGCCGUUCCCGCAACAACGGCCUCUGGAGCAAGUGGAGCACCCCUGUCCUACUCUGCGUCCCAGUCAAAUCUACCCCCGGUGCUGUUGCCGUGACGACCCGGCCCCACAUCUACUACUGCCACUCGCCCAACAUGGAGGUCUUCACCUGCUGGUGGCAUCCCCUUGACCACAACUCCGAGAGUGACGACAACAUCACCUACAGCCUCACCUACUCCUUAGAAAAGGGGCCAAGGCGUGAGUGUCCAGACUAUGUAACGGGCGGCCCCAACAGUUGUCACUUUGACAGCGGCCACACAUCCAUCUGGACCAUAUACUGCAUGAACGUGAUGGCCAGGACCUCCCACGGAGUGUUCAGCUCCAAGGACCACUGUCUGGACAUGGCUGAUAUAGUGGAGACAGAGGCUCCGGUUAACUUGACCUACACCCUGUUGAACGAGACGGAGGAGGAAGCUGGCCGCACCGCCAUGGUGUCCUGGGUUUACCCCAAUCCCUCCCACAUCCAGUACGGUUGGAUCACCCUGGUCUUCGAGCUGCAGUACCGACGCAUCGCCGAGCCCAACAACUGGAAGGUGAAGGGCUUGCUGAGAGAGCCUUGUCUGGAGCUGCUGGAUCUGCCGGUAGGAGAGUACAUUGUCAGGGUGAGAUGCCGUUCCCGCAACAACGGCCUCUGGAGCAAGUGGAGCACCCCUGUCCUACUCUGCGUCCCAGUCAAAUCUACCCCCGGUGUUGUUGCCGUGACGAACCAGCCCCACAUCUACUACUGCCGCUCGCCCAACAUGGAGGUCUUCACCUGCUGGUGGCAUCCCCUUGACCACAACUCCGAGAGUGACGACAACAUCACCUACAGCCUCACCUACUCCUUAGAAAAGGGGCCGAGGCGUGAGUGUCCAGACUAUGUAACGGGCGGCCCCAACAGUUGUCACUUUGACAGCGGCCACACAUCCAUCUGGACCAUAUACUGCAUGAACGUGAUGGCCAGGACCUCCCACGGAGUGUUCAGCUCCAAGGACCACUGUCUGGACGUGGCUGAUAUAGUGGAGACAGAGGCUCCGGUUAACUUGACCUACACCCUGUUGAACGAGACGGAGGAGGAAGCUGGCCGCACCGCCAUGGUGUCCUGGGUUUACCCCAAUCCCUCCCACAUCCAGUACGGUUGGAUCACCCUGGUCUUCGAGCUGCAGUACCGACGCAUUGCCGAGCCCAACAACUGGAAGGUGAAGGGCUUGCUGAGAGAGCCUUGUCUGGAGCUGCUGGAUCUGCCGGUAGGAGAGUACAUUGUCAGGGUGAGAUGCCGUUCCCGCAACAACGGCCUCUGGAGCAAGUGGAGCACCCCUGUCCUACUCUGCGUCCCAGUCAAAUCUACCCCCGGUGUUGUUGCCGUGACGAACCAGCCCCACAUCUACUACUGCCGCUCGCCCAACAUGGAGGUCUUCACCUGCUGGUGGCAUCCCCUUGAGAACAACUCCGAGAGUGACGACAACAUCACCUACAGCCUCACCUACUCCUUAGAAAAGGGGCCGAGGCGUGAGUGUCCAGACUAUGUAACGGGCGGCCCCAACAGUUGUCACUUUGACAGCGGCCACACAUCCAUCUGGACCAUAUACUGCAUGAACGUGAUGGCCAGGACCUCCCACGGAGUGUUCAGCUCCAAGGACCACUGUCUGGACGUGGCUGAUAUAGUGGAGACAGAGGCUCCUGUUAACUUGACCUACACCCUGUUGAACGAGACGGAGGAGGAAGCUGGCCGCACCGCCAUGGUGUCCUGGGUUUACCCCAAUCCCUCCCACAUCCAGUACGGUUGGAUCACCCUGGUCUUCGAGCUGCAGUACCGACGCAUCGCCGAGCCCAACAACUGGAAGGUGAAGGGCUUGCUGAGAGAGCCUUGUUUGGAGCUGCUGGAUCUGCCGGUAGGAGAGUACAUUGUCAGGGUGAGAUGCCGUUCCCGCAACAACGGCCUCUGGAGCAAGUGGAGCACCCCUGUCCUACUCUGCGUCCCAGUCAAAUCUACCCCCGAUAAGCUGCUGGCUCUGCUUUUGGUGACCGGUGUUGGGGUCAUGUUGUUGCUAGUCAUCGGCUUUGGAAUUAUCCUACAGGGCAAGAGGAUAAAAGCAUUCCUUCUGCCUCCAAUUCCCAAACCACGCAUCAGAGGCAUCAAUCCCCUGCUUCUGAAGAAAGGGGGCUUCGAUGAGAUCAACCGUCAUUUCAUCUCCUUCCAUGGCUAUAAGCCCCCAAGCUACAGCGAGGAGGAGGUCUGGGACUCUGUCAGCAUGGACGACAACCAGUCUCUCCAGGCUCCCCUGGGGAUCCUAGCAGUCCGGAAGGAGGAUUAUGAUAUGGCCAUCCACAGCCAACUACUGGUCCAGACCACCUCCAGCCACGCCCCUUAUACCCCAGUCCCCGCCUCUUACACCCCAGUCCCCGCCCCUUACUGUCAGGCUCCAGUGGAAGCCUUCCCGACCCCGUGGGAAUGGCCAACAGCAAACCCCGACGAGUCAGAGCUUCUGGUCUUCCCGGGCACUGACUACAGCAUGAUGGUGGAUUCCACCCCUGUCCCGCCUCUGGACCAGCAGGCCCCGCCCCCAUCAUCCACCCAGGGCUUCUACACGUGCGUGAACAUGCUGGGUGACAACGGACAAGUGCAUCUGGUGCCCUGCCUGCCCAACCACCUAAAACACAGCCCCUACGUACAGCUGGAGGAGGAGCUAGAGGAAGGAGGGCUGGAGAAGAGCAGCCAGUUAGAUGACUACCUGGCUAAGAAGAUGGAGGCAGUAGCCAACGGGAGUGCUCCGGGAGAGACAGUGGUAGAGACAGAGGUGGAGACAGAGAGUGUGGAGCAGAGUGAAGUGGCUGUGCCUUUACUGCCUGGAACCACUGGCACACAGUGCAACAUGGUGUGACCAGUUAGCACACAUACUCACUCACUCUCACACACACACACACACACACACACACACACACACACACACACACACACACACACACACACAGCAACAGGAAUUACUCCAGGCUAAAAUGAGGACGUUAACUCAUGGAUGGACCUUUUUAUAUACCUCCUUAAUAUACUAACAUAAUGAUGUGUUUUUGAGAGUGCACCGGCCUGGGACAUGAGUCCUUUGUGUCUACCCCCCCCCCCCUUGCCUGCCAAAUGACAGUGACACUGCUGGAUAGACACUGCUGCCACCUCUAUUCACUGCUGAUAUGGCAGGGACCAUGUUCUGACUACAUUCUCUCUGCAGGGAAUCAGAGAUGCAGCAUUUGACGGUGAGGUUUUCUUUCAGAGCAGAGCCGAGGUCGGGAUACAAGAUGGAUUCCUUUUGACGCAGAAAAUCUGACAAGAUGAAAAAAAACAUAAACUUGCAAAGUGUCUUGAACAAUAACAAUAGAUUCUCUGUAGAACUGCAACUGUUGUUGUGUGGACUGAGUCACUGAAAGGUCAAUAUACUCACCUGUUCUUCGGUCCAAUCUUGUUAGAUAAUAAUGCCUGCGAACUCUCUUGUUGUUGGAUGUAGAAUUAAUGACCAACCACUCUGUGAAAGACGCUUCGAUUUUUAACAGUCAGGUUUUAGGGCUCUGUGAACUAAUUUAAUUGGAUUUAGGUGAAAAGUUUGACGAAUGCAAGAAUAGCAGUUGUACUUCACUGAGACCAGUCAUAGCCGUUCUGAGGCCCUGGCAGAAGUUAGCCUGCAUUUAGAGAACAGUGGAGCACACCAAAGAUCUGAACACCCAAACCAAGAGAGCAGUACACUUCUUCAAAUAUAAAUGUAUUUUUAGAGAGAAAUUAUUGUAAUUAUUAGAAUGAAUGAAUUACAGAGGAAAUACGUUAAUAUAUCAAAUGCACUAUUGACGAGAAAUAUAACGAGGCAAUGUUAUAAUAAUAAUAAUAAUGAUAACAGUAAAGUACACUUAGAAAGUGAACUGUCUGGGUUCAAUCCAUGAACUAAAUCCCAGAUUUAACUGUAUGCUUCAUACUCAGGAACACAACCAAGCAUACAGUAGGAAGUCAACCCAGUAAAGGUGCAGUCUACUUUCAGUCCCGUGUGACGGCACAACCAAGCAUACAGUAGGAAGUCAACCCAGUAAAGGUGCAGUCUACUUUCAGUCCCGUGUGACGGCACAACCAAGCAUACAGUAGGAAGUCAACCCAGUAAAGGUGCAGUCUACUUUCAGUCCCGUCUGACGGCACAACCAAGCAUACAGUAGGAAGUCAACCCAGUAAAGGUGCAGUCUACUUUCAGUCCCGUGUGACGGCACAACUAAGCAUACAGUAGGUAUUCAACCCAGUAAAGGUGCAGUCUACUUUCAGUCCCGUGUGACGGCACAACCAAGCAUACAGUAGGAAGUCAACCCAGUAAAGGUGCAGUCUACUUUCAGUCCCGUCUGACGGCACAAACAUACAUACACUCAAACACUAGUUUUCGUUUUCUAGAAUUUUUGGUCAGAAAUGAAACUACAGAUUGCACUGUAUUCAAAACAAGUGAUGGUCAUUUUUGGUAACAUUUAUAAUAUUCAGUCUGUAAAACAGCCUUCACUAUGCAGUGCUACAUGUGCUCUGACUAUGCUGGAUUUGAAAGCACUUAUUUACCAGAACAUAACACAUGCAGCUCUGUCAGGGGAGAAAAGAGAGGAGGCUAAAGAAAAGAGCACUGUGAUCAUUUGAUUGAUUUUUACAUAGAAAAUGAGGUGACCAGACGAGUAGUGAGAAAACACACCUUCUGAAGUGGACAAACAAGGUUAAAGUGUCUAAUGUUAUGUACAGGAACAAGACAUUUUCACCACACCCACAUACUUGAGUAGAUGUGUUUUUCACAGUGAUUUCUUCAUGAAAUCUUCUUUGACAAGCUUUCCUGGUGAAUAGGAGGGCAUGUAUGCUAUUUAGAAAAUGGAGGCUUUUAUAAUGACAAAAGUAAGACGCUCCCAGUUGCUAGGAAGAUAACCUUGAAGGUGUGUGGAUGGCAGUCUAAUAUUUUCAGAGGAUUUUUACACUAAAUAUAUGCAUUGUUUUCUGAAAGAAACAUGGAGAAACAAAUAAUAUGCAUCACGUGAAAUAAACCAGUCUCAGAGCAUUUGAAAUGUCGAGGUACAGUUUAAUAACAUCGGAAGCAGUUCAUUAGCCAACACACUGGAUAACGAUGAUAACACACACAGUACGAUAUGAUGCAACGAGUAGCUUAAAUACUUUGUACUAAAACACUGUGUUCCUAUUACACUGGCCCUAUGGAUGGACCUUGGUUAGUCUGUUACACUGGCCCUGUGGAUGGACCUUGGUUAGUCUGAAACACUGGCCCUGUGGAUGGACCUUGGUUAGUCUGAAACACUGGCCCUGUGGAUGGACCUUGGUUAGUCUGUUACACUGGCCCUGUGAAUGGACCUUGGUUAGUCUGUUACACUGGCCCUGUGGAUGGACCUUGGUUAGUCUGUUACACUGGCCCUAUGGAUGGACCUUGGUUAGUCUGUUACACUGGCCCUGUGGAUGGACCUUGGUUAGUCUGAAACACUGGCCCUGUGGAUGGACCUUGGUUAGUCUGAAACACUAGCCCUGUGGAUGGACCUUGGUUAGUCUGAAACACUGGCCCUGUGGAUUGACCUUGGUUAGUCUGAAACACUGACCCUGUGGAUUGACCUUGGUUAGUCUGAAACACUGACCCUGUGGAUGGACCUUGGUUAGUCUGAAACACUGACCCUGUGGAUGGACCUUGGUUAGUCUGAAACACUGACCCUGUGGAUGGACCUUGGUUAGUCUGAAACACUGACCCUGUGGAUGGACCUUGGUUAGUCUGAAACACUGACCCUGUGGAUGGACCUUGGUUAGUCUGAAACACUGACCCUGUGGAUGGACCUUGGUUAGUCUGAAACACUGACCCUGUGGAUGGACCUUGGUUAGUCUGAAACACUGACCCUGUGGAUUGACCUUGGUUAGUCUGAAACACUGACCCUGUGGAUGGACCUUGGUUAGUCUGAAACACUGACCCUGUGGAUUGACCUUGGUUAGUCUGAAACACUGACCCUGUGGAUGGACCUUGGUUAGUCUGAAACACUGACCCUGUGGAUUGACCUUGGUUAGUCUGAAACACUGACCCUGUGGAUGGACCUUGGUCAGUCUGUUUUACGUGUUGGUACAUUUUUAAGGUUUAAAUUAUGUUUUUAAUGUCUCUCUCUUGGUUUUUCUCGCUCCCCCCCUCUCUAUGAAGUCAGGUGGUUUCUCUACCAUCAGUAGUCCUGUACAGUGCUUUUCUCUGUGUUGUCAUACUGUUCUGUUCACUGUUGUACUCUGCUGUGCCGCUUCAAGUUUGUGCCUUGACUUGACUGUGUGGAACUCUCCUGUCCUUAUAAGUGCUCACACUGGUAGACUGAAAUUAUAUAUUUUUCUAACGAGAUAGACACACACACACACACACACACACACACACACGCACACACACACAGACACACACACAGACACACACAGACACACACACACACACACGCACACACACACAGACACAGACACACGAUAACACAGACAACAGCGGUAUUUGUGAAGGCCAUAUAGGACACGUGGAAGCAGUCAGGUCAAAUUGUUUCUGUUCUGUUCUGUACAUUGGAUACGGUGGGGUGGGUGAGUUAUGUUGUUUGUUUUGGAAGCGAUGUCCCCUGCUGCAAGAUCUUUCCCAUGCAGUGAAUAAAGCCUACUGCUGACCUGUCUCUA